UAACAUAAAUCUCACUUUUCUUUCUUGCACAAAAUCAGAAUCGUUUAAGAAAAACGACAGAGACAAUCAUAAGGUUUGUGGAUUUUAUGUGAUUGGUGACCAAUAUUUGUUUUUCCAUUUAUCCUCAUCAAUGUUUCGUGCUCGGAUCUAAUUUUUGAAGAUGAUAAAAAUAAAUUGCGCAGGCUCAUCAGGCUUGUACGUACCUAAGCAUUUUGCAGUUGUGUGUGUUGCAAGGAACAUGGUGGACUGUGGUGUCGAUGCCUACCAACUUCCUGUUGUUCCUAGGGCAUGUAGAUCACCCAGAGGACGCAGGCAAAGACUGAUGAAAAAACAAAGAUCUGAUUUCGAGGUUUUAGCCCAAGCUGAAAAGCUCUUAGGCGAGCGCAAGCACCGAGUUGCUAUCGGCUCGUUGUCCCAUAAAACAAAGGAGACGAAGAACGAUUUCAUCAUCAAUAACUUCUUGGAGACAAUGGAAGUACUUGAGGUUAAGCCUCAACCUGGUCUGGAGAAACCUUCUCAGGUGUUAUUGUCUAAGGACUGGCUAGCUCUUGGUCCUUCCGCGUCUAGCUCUCCAAUCUCACAAGAAGAAAACUUUGAUUCACAUUCCAAGAUCGAUGGUAAAAGAAAGAUGUGUCACUUGAAAGAGGGAGGUUCGUGUAGUAGCCAGGAAUCGCAAAAUAUGUAUCCUUUGAAAAAAAGAAAGUUGUUUUACCAAAAUCAUCCAUCUGAAUCACAUGAUGCUCCGUGUACCGUUAAGGUCGGUAUCAAAUCAUUGAAAAUCUCGGAGCUAUUGGUGGACAUUCCCGAAUCAGCCACGGUUGGCUCACUGAAACUAGCGGUAUUGGACGCAGUAACGCGGAUUCUUAAGGAUGGGUUAAACAUUGGAGUGCUUCUUCGAGUUCUUUGGGAUUCAUGCUAGAACCACAGAAAUCAGAAACAACAACAAUAACAACAUUAACCACUG